AUGGCAGUAAUGAUAUGCUGGGAAUCCCAAAAUGCAAGUAAUGCUAUAUUGCUGUGCUUUCUUUUGCAUUUCAAAACUGUGGUUGGCAUACCUGUCCCUUCAGCCAUGGAGACUAAAAACAAAGAAAUGGUAUCAAAGAUGGAUGAUUAUGAAGUUAUAGAGCAGAUUGGAAGAGGAACUUUUGGUGCUGCAUUUCUUGUUCUUCAUAAAUUUGAGAAUAGAAGGUAUGUACUGAAGAAGAUUCGUUUGGCUAAACAAACAGAAAAGUUCAAGCAAACGGCAUAUCAAGAGAUGAAUUUGAUAUCAAAGCUGAAUAACCCAUAUAUUGUGGAGUACAAAGAAUCAUGGGUGGAAAAGGAAUCCUAUGUAUGCAUUGUGACAAGUUAUUGCGAGGGAGGAGACCUGGCUCAAAUGAUAAAGAAAGCUAGAGGAACAUAUCUUCCUGAAGAGAAGCUCUGCAAAUGGCUGACACAGUUGUUGCUUGCUGUGGACUACCUCCACUCCAAUCGUGUCCUUCACAGAGAUUUGAAAUGCUCCAACAUUUUCCUCACAAAACAUGGCAGCAUCCAGCUAGGUGACUUUGGACUUGCAAAAUUGUUGAACAAGGAGGAUCUUGCAUCCACGAUUGUAGGCACUCCCAACUAUAUGUGUCCAGAACUUCUUGCAGACAUACCCUAUGGCUACAAAUCGGACAUUUGGUCUCUAGGUUGCUGCAUGUUUGAGAUAGCUGCCCAUCAGCCGGCAUUUAGAGCUCCUGAUGUGGCUGGACUAAUUAACAAGAUAAAUCGUUCAUCGAUUUCUCCACUACCAACUGCCUAUUCCUCCACAUUAAAACAAUUAAUAAAAACCAUGCUGAGGAAGAGCCCAGAACACAGACCAACAGCUGCAGAGUUGUUGAGGCAUCCCCAUCUGCAACCAUAUCUUGCUCAAUGCCGAAACCUAUCUCCUGUGUUUCUCCCAGUAAAGUCUGAGUACAGCAGCAUGGAUAAACCAAAAGGAAACCGAUUACCUAGCAAGUCUAGCAUUCAGAAGAAUGCCAUCGGUUUGAAAGCAAGUCCAUCGAAGGAGGGCAGAUGUUUUAAGCAGGAAAAAGUUGAUGCUUUGGCACAAAAAGUAGCAGUAAAUGAUUUGCAAAAAAGUGCCGAACAAACUGAAAGUGUCAACUCAGAAACCACUUCUGCAAGUAUUGCAAGGACUCACCCUGAAGAUGAGAAACAAGAAAUUGCUUCUGAGAAGUCACAAAUAGUCCAAGAGAAGCUCUGUGGAGCUGGACAAGCUGGCAUGGAAUGUAAAAGUGCUAGUCCAGGGAACUGCAGAAUAAUGGAAAAGCUGUCUGCAGAUUCAACAGGCCAUGUUGAUCCUUCUGGUUACAAGGCAUCAUCAGCAUUGGCAAUGGAUGACAAAACCAGACAAGAUGUGGAAUUGGAACCCAAAUUCUGCAAACCUUUGACAGCGACAGAUAUGAAAUCAACACCAAGUAAAUCAAAACCACCUCGUGGAAACGGAGUUAGACAAAAGGAAUUGAACAGAACCUCCAGUGACAUCUCAUCGAUGAGUUCACUGGCUUCUCUACAUGGUGAUGAAACAAAGAUUAUAUGGAACCCUCAGAGCCUGCAAAGAGCAGAUGCUCUGGAAUCACUGCUAGAGAUUUGUGCAAAUUUGCUUAGACAGGAGAGGUAUGACGAGCUAGCAGGAGUACUAAGACCCUUCAGUGAAGAAGCUGUGUCGUCAAGAGAAACAGCAAUAUGGUUGACGAAGAGCCUAAUGAAACUUCACAAAAAUGGCAAUGGAGCAGCUUAG